AUGUCCCCUCAACCCCCAUCCCGCCGCCUCCUCAUCUUCCAAGAAGCCCGGCACCCGCAGACAGCCGAGGUCGUCUAUCUCCCCGUCAACAAACUGGGACUGCCCAUCUGCGGUGACGGGCCCGACUUACCCUCGAUUCUGGAGCUGCCGUUACGGAUCCUGAAGGCCUUUACGGAGAUCUUUAAUCAGCCGAAGUAUAAAGGAUGGGCUGUUGUGUCGGCGGGACCGUAUCAUGAUACCUCUGAGGAAGGGAAGUAUUAUGCUGUGGUGUUGGAGCAGACGACAUCGGGGCAGCAUUCGGAAUCGAUGGGGUCGAUUUUGUGA